CAGUGUAGCGAGUUCGUAAGAAAACAAAUCUGCAGCGUUCGGGGCGGGGCCUCGCGCGCGCUGGCUCCGCCCCCUGGCGGCCGGCUCGGCGGCGACGGCGUAGCAGGCUCAGAACAGACCCCGCCCGUCGAGGAGGAGGGAGGGCUGCCAGUGUCGACAUGCUGCUGGAGGAGGUCCGCGCCGGCGACCGGCUGAGCGGGGCCGCGGCCCGAGGCGACGUGCAGGAGGUGCGCCGCCUUCUGCACCGCGAGCUGGUGCACCCCGACGCCCUGAACCGCUUCGGCAAGACGGCGCUGCAGGUCAUGAUGUUUGGCAGCCCCACCAUUGCCUUGGAGCUCCUCAAGCAAGGUGCCAGCCCCAAUGUCCAGGAUGCCACCGGCACUACUCCAGCCCAUGAUGCAGCACGCACUGGAUUCCUGGACACUCUGAAAGUUUUGGUAGAGCAUGGUGCUGAUGUCAAUGCUCCCGAUGGCACUGGGGCACUCCCCAUCCAUCUGGCAGUGCGAGAGGGCCACACAGCUGUGGUCAGCUUCCUGGCUACUGAGUCUGAUCUCCAUCACAGGGAUGCCAGGGGGCUCACACCCCUGGAGCUGGCACAGGGGAUAGGAGCUCAGGAUCUCAUGGACAUACUGCAGGGGCACACUGUGGUACUGCUGUGACCUGGGGCCACCCCCUCCAGCAACAGGACCCAGCGAGGUUCUAUGUUAAAAGAGGAGAGAAGAAACACUUUCUUCUUUCACUCCUGCCCACCGUCGAAAGGGAAGGGGCACCAGUUUGUGGCUUGUUGGUGUUGAUUUGCGGGGUGUGUGUGUUUGAGGGGUAUUUCUCAAUUUGUUUUUCUCACCCCUUUUGAUGUGUUGAGCAGAGAAGGGCUCCUGCAGACAUCAGCCAUCUAAACGGUUCAGUUUUCUCUGCGCCUCAGAUUGCUGGGGCUGCAAACGCCCAAGGGCAGAGCAUUUAAAGCCCCAGCCCGAGUGAGGUCAUCGCUUCCAGGGCUCCUGGAACCUGGCGACCUUGGCUGGCUGUACCCAGAGAGAGACCUCAAGUGUGCACACUGCUUUCAGGCAUGGGGGAGGGGGGGAGUGUUUCAAAUCAAUAAAAGGGUAGUAUCAGUUCAUUCAUAUUUUGUUGGAAGCUUGUUUUCCAGUCUCUUGUACAGCGUUUAAAAAAAAGAGAUUCUAUUUAUUAAGCUUUGUGGAAAAAAAAUUGUUGUGUGAUAACUUAAUGUUUUUACCCAUUAAAUUAAGACUUGUGCAUGAUCACAGA